CGCUAGCGAAGGGAGGACGAGUGAAGUGUGCUCGCCAAUACAAUAGCUACUACACGCUGGGAGCGAACUGGGACCGCCAGGGAGAUCCUAGCCUCCUUCCCAUACCCCGCAAAACGGCCUACGAGGCUACGAUCUUACACGGCCGUCACACUCACUGCUAACCGAGCCCGCGACCGCGGCGCGGCGCUGCUGUUGUCAUGAUUGGUAAAGCCCGCUCGAGCGCACAGGGGUUAGGGUGAGGGUAUAUAUAGACCCCCGCCUGCCUUGGUAUGCAGCCAGAUUUCGAGACGCUAGCCACUCUCUUACCCCUAGCUGCCAGCUCGCAGGUUGGAUAACCGGAAAUCAAGAACAGCAUUUGGAACGCAUCGCUGGAAAUUGGAAAAUGGAAUGGAAAACGGAAUGAAUAUCGGCAUGGCACCUAUCGGCCACUGUAGUUGUACUGACUGACGCUGGACAGUGUGUGAUGCCAUAUCAGCCUCUUCAGGCAUCGCCAUACAUCCCACAAGAAGUCACAGGGGCACACUUUCCUUGCACAGCGGCUUUCGAUAUCUUCUCCUUUGGCAUCCUUUCCCUGUUCACCCUCACUCGCCUCCCUCCCAACAAUGUCCUCCCGCAAACAUACACAAAUGAAUCGAAACAGCUCAUAUGUCUCAGCAAAAUUGAGCGUCGCUCCCCGAGCGUGGAGAAAAUCUUCCGUGAACUUGGGAAGGAGCAUCCCCUGGCUCAACUGAUCACCAGUUGCCUUGAUCAACAGCCAGCCUCACGACCAACUGCUGCCAAGCUGGUGGAAACUCAUUCUCUCUUGUGGCAGGCAGCAGUGUUGAUCCCAGAUCCAUUCCAAGAGAAAACCAAGGUGGACCUGGUACACCACACUCACAACCUUGCAUGUGCACACGUGGGAAUGAGGAGAGAAUUGGAGAGCCACGAUGACGAACAGAGGGACCAAAUUCGGGGUUUAUUACAGAGAAUGGCCCGACAGAGAGAGAUGCUGCCUACUGAGGAUGACGAGGAAGAAGACAAGGAGAUGGUGAGCAAAAAAGCGAUUGCCUACAUAGCAAACUUUGUGGAGGGGAUCCAAGCUGACAAGCUCGGUCGAGAGCUCGGCGUGUGCGAAUCUACAAUUGCAAUCAUCGACUGCAAACCUGCCAACAGAUGCGACGAGAACAGAAAAAGGGCAAACGUUCUGAGGCAGUGGCUCAGGAACACCAGUUCACCCACCUGGGGAGCUCUGGUCAAGGCGCUGGGUUCAAUUGGGCAGAAAAGAGUAGCAGACAUACUCAGGAAUGAUAAAAGUUUGAGUGCUAAUUACUUACUUAUGUACACUUGCAAGGCCUAGCAUGAAACUAGGUUUUUACUAGCUUCUAGAAUGCAUUCCUUCAUUGCACACUAACCACCAGUAUUCUUAGUCUGUCAGAGGACUAUGUACACAGUGAAAGACAUUUUAUCAGUUCCCAGCAAAAACAUGUGUUCAACUGGCCCUUUAGGUCUGCAGUACUGCACUACCAUAACUGAGCAGGAGAGUAAACAGAGUCAAGCGGAACAGAGGAAGGUGGAGGCAAAGUCUGCAGAUGACGGUAAGGCAGCAGCAGAGCUGAAAUCCCAGCUGGAGAAGGGUAGAAAUAAUCUGGAAAGAGCCCGGUCCAGUCUCUCCGAGACGAACAGAGAGCUGGAGGAGGCCAACAAGAAAUGUGACGAGCUCCAAGAGACAGUGUCCAACAUGGAGCAAGAGAUGAGGGGUCUCAGAUACGAGCUCAAAGGCGAAGAGCUACUCAGGAAGGAGUUGGCUCAUGAGAACCUCCAACUAAAACUUGAAGUGGAACACUUGAAAAGAAAGUAGAUAGAAACGGUUUGAUUUACUUCUAAAAACAUAACAAAUUAUUCUGUGGUUAGUUCUUAUAAAUUCCACAACUCUAGUUGUAUGAGAUGUACUAAACACUUUGUUCAAGUCCAAUAUUCUAAUGCAUGCAGUUGUGUACCGUUACAUAAUCAAUUCAAUACAUACCUGCAGAAAAAAUAGAUCAUGGAGCAGUAUUUAUGUGAUGGUAACACUGAGAAGCUUACUUUGUGACUGUAGCAUUCCU